AUGAAGGCGCUGUCCAUGAUGGCUGAAAAAGAGCUGGGACCUGUUGACCAGCCAAGUUUUCCGUCUCUCUGGGACGUUCUUAAAGGUUCAGAUGGCAACAGAAGGUAUCGGCAUGCAAUCACUGGAAUAACAAGAUUGGCUUCGCCGCCGCCUCUUUCUGGCGGGAUAUUGGCUGAUGAAAUGGGUCUUGGAAAAACUUUGAGCGUAUUGGCUCUCAUUGCGUGGCAUCUUGAUUCCAUUGAACAUCAAAACGGAGCUCCUCGUGCGACACUUGUCGUCACAACCUUAUCCACGAUUUCUAGUUGGCAGCAGCAGAUUGAUCGACACUUUCACCCUGGGCAGCUCCGAAGCAUUGUCUUUCACGGCUCUGAUCGACGAAAGCUAUCUUCAGAUAUAUUGACCAAGGACAUCGUUAUUACGACUUACGAGACUCUGAAAUCUGAGUGGUCCAGUAAUCGGGCAAAUAGUCAUCUAUUCUCCGAGGUCCAAAGAUGGAGACGUAUUGUUCUUGAUGAAGGUUGUUUCUUUUUUUUCCUGAUUAUAAUGAACCGUAUAAGCUUGCUAACACAAUCAAUUCUAGCUCACCAUAUCCGGAAUCGCUCAUCAAAAACAUUCGAAGCGGUCUGCGGAAUCCGCGCUCAAUAUCGGUGGUGUCUCACUGGGACUCCAAUUCAUAACCAGAUGGAUGACUAUGGAGCAUUGUUGUCAUUUAUCGGGGUGGAACCAUUCACUGGUUUGUCUGGAAAAACUGCAUUUGCCUAUUGGGUAGGCUCUUACAUCUGGACCGAAGCUAACAACACUGAACGCCUUGACCGGUUAAAAAAGCUUGUUGCUGCAACUUGCCUAAGGAGAACAAAACAACAUGUGAGAAAUCAGUUAAAACUUCCUCGCCGUACCGAUAAGGAGCAUUUGGUGGAACUAAAUACCUCGGAGCGCUUACUAUAUGGCUUUUUCAAAAUUCGAGCAUCUUCACUAGUUGCGAGAAGUACCGUGCAUCACGAAGCUCUCAACAAAGGGGGGUGGGGUAAUAUUCUUACUUUAAUAAACUGUUUGAGGCUGAUAUGCAACCACGGCGAAGAACUCCUAUCUUCUUCCUCGUUGGAAUUGUGGAGAAGCCGAGAUGCUUUCGCCAAUGAUCUCGACUUACGGGAGAACGACUCACAAUCCAGCACGGAAGCUUCACGCAAUCAUUACCCACAGAUUCUGCCGCUAGCUGUCACGAAUUUUGGACAAAAUUCUAGCAAUGUUUGCCUACCAUCUUCGAAAGUUACGGCUCUAAUCAACAAUCUCCGAGCUGAACAAAACGAACACAUCCCCAGUGAUUCCGAGAAACCGAUAAAAAGUGUGAUAUUUAGCUAUUGGACAAAAAUGUUAGACCUCAUCGCAGUUGCUUUGCGGGAGAAUAACUUCGAGUUCGAGCGGAUAGAUGGGCAAACACCACUUGAAAGAAGGUUUCUAGCUCUCAAAAGGCUGCAUGAUGACCCAGAGUGCACCGUGAUGCUUGCAAGCAUUGGAAGUAUUGCCGAGGGGUACGCCAACGGCCAUGGAUGUGACUACUCAAAUAUACUUACUGUCUAUUCUGAAAUAGGGUUGAUAUUACAGCAGCUUGCCGUGUACAUAUCAUUGAACCUCAAUGGAAUCCAAUGGUUGAAGCACAGGCCCUCGACCGGGUGCAUCGCAUGGGACAAACUCGAGAUGUGGUGA